CACUCAUGCAACAGCUUGCCUUAUGCUUCACACCCUCAUUCCCCACACCUCUCUCUGAUCCGUCUCUCUACAAAGUAAAGAAAUCUCUCUGACUUUGUUUGCCUAGCUAAAAAUGGCAGAGCUGGACUACGAAACAAAACACAACUCAACCACUACGUCUACACGAUUAAAACUAUUCGGCUUCAACGUCUCAGAAGAUGAAGAACUAAUAGCUACAACAUACUCGAGUUCUCUCAAGUCAUCUUCUUGUAAUACUCCGGACUCGUCCUCUUUCGGUACAGCGACAGCUACAGGAGACAGUAGGAAAUACGAGUGUCAGUACUGCUCUAGGGAAUUUGCAAACUCACAAGCCCUUGGUGGCCACCAAAACGCACACAAAAAAGAAAGACAGCAACUCAAACGAGCUCAAAUGCAAGCCACAAGAAACGCAGCUGCAGCUGCCGUUUCCUUUGGUAGAAACCCUAUGAUCUCUGCCUUCGCUCCUCCUCCGCACCUCCUGGCCCAGGCAGCAGGCCAGGUUGUGGUCCCGGAGGCUUCUCAGUCGUGGGUUUACUUGCCUCGGGCGGCGCCACCGUUUCAUGUUUCACAUGGGAGUGUGUUUCCUAGGGGGGUGGGUGGGAGGGGUGUAGGGAGCUUAACGUAUGGUGGUAGUGUAGGAGAUUUUGGAUUGGCCUCUAGUGCUAGUGGGCCAUACCAGCAAGUGCAAAGUAGGGCCCAUAUUAGCAGGGUCAUUGGUGAUCUGAAUGGGCCUACAUCAUUGAGCAGGUUCUCUAAAAGUGAUGGUGGACCUAGCUUUGAUGAUAAAUUGAGCCUGGACUUGCAUCUUAGUCUUUCUCCAGCUGGGCCAUGAUUUGUUUUCUAGGAGUGACCUGGGAUAUAUUUUUCAGGACGGAUAUUUGUACAUUUUCAAGUUUUAUUUAUUUAUUUUUCUGAUGAUUUAUCUCACUAGAUCAGACAUUUCUUCCUCA